AUGGCGACGUCUCGGUUUAUUCGAUUUUUUAGUCGUCGUCAAACAAAAAAGCAAGCAACAAUAUUAAAUGAUGAUAAUAAUAAUAAUCAUCAUUCAAAAUCAAAACUUUUUUUUAAUGCAAAAACUAAUUUAAUUGAAAAACCUCAAUCAAUAAUACCAAUUAAAAAUGGUCUUGUUUGUACUGUUGUUUUUCUCGAUGGUGAAGAUAUCAAUUUUGAAGUAGAUCGUAAAGCUCUUGGCAAAAGUCUUUAUGAUAAAGUAAUUGCUCAUACAAAACUUGUUGAAUCUGAUUACUUUGGUCUUCAAUUUAUUGAUACACAUAAUGUUAAACAAUGGCUUGAUGCAACUAAAUCAAUUAAAAAACAAUGUAAAAUUGGACCACCAUAUACAUUUCGAUUUCGUGUAAAAUUUUAUACAUCAGAUCCAUUAAAUCUUCAUGAUGAAUUAACUAGAUAUUUGUUUGUACUUCAACUUAAAGAUGAUAUUCAUACGGGUAAAUUAGAUUGUCCAUCUGGUACAGAUGUUGAAUUGGCUGCAUUAUCUAUUCAAGCUGAAUUAGGAGAUUAUACAAGUGAUGAACAUUCAAUUAAAAAUAUAUCACAAUUUCGUUUUCUACCAGAUAAUAAACAAACCGAAGAAUUUGAACGAGAAGUUUUACAAAAAUGGCCAACAUAUAAAAGUUUAACACCAGCUGAAUGUGAAAUACAAUUUUUAAAUAAAGCACGUUGGUUAGAAAUGUAUGGCGUUGAUUUACAUACAGUUAUGGGUAAAGAUGGUUUAGAAUAUACACUUGGUUUAACACCAACUGGUAUUCUUGUAUUUGAAAAUAAAAUCAAAAUUGGUUUAUUUAUUUGGUCAAAAGUAACACGUAUUAAUUUUAAUCGUAAUAAAUUAACAAUCGUUGUUAUUGAAGAUGAUGAUAAUGAUUCACGUUUACAACGUGAUUUUAUUUUUUUAUUUCGUUGUUAUGAUGAAAAACAAUGUAAACAUUUUUGGAAAUGUGCUUUAGAAUAUCAUGUUUUUUUUCGUGCAACAUCAGCAAAUAAAAUUAAACUAAAUGCAAAAUCAAAUUUUGCUCGUACUGGAUCAAGAUUUCGAUUUAGUGGUCGAACCGAAUGUCAAACAGCAGCAUUAAGAACUUUAACAAAUCAUAAUAUGAAUUUUGAACGUAAAGCAUCUCAUCGUUUUUCACGUCAUGCAUCAUAUGCAAUAAGAAAAAAAAUUCAAGAACAAGAAAUUUUACGUGAACAAGAAGAUGAACGUUUAAGAAAAUUAAAAUUUCAACAAGAAAUAAAAUUAGAUGAAAAUAAAAAAUUAAUAGAAUCAAAAUCUCAAACAAAUUCAUUUAUAUCAAAUAAUGAUAUAACAUCAAUUUGUAAACGUUCAUCAUUACAAAAAACUUUAACUUUAUCAGCUACUCAACGUCUUGAUAAUCUUAUUCAAGGAUCUCCGAAUGAUUUAUUAUUGAAAGAAAGUGAACUCAAUAUAAAUUCAACAAAUCUUUCUCCUGCACCACCAAUUCCUCCUCGACAAAUAAAAUCUGAUGAUAAAACAACACCACCACCACCACCAUUAGUUCUUAACAAACAAUCCAAUCCGGUAAAUUCCUGUUCAAUCAAUAAUAAUAAUAAUGUCAAUACAACAAAAAAUUUAUCAAAUGAAUGUACUUCUAAUAAUCAUCAUAUUGAUAAUGAUCAAACAUUAUUAAUUCAACGAUCACCACAAAAAAUAUCAACAUCUCUAACUAACGGAUCUCAUCAAACAAAUUCAUUACGUAUUGACAAAAUGAACAGUGCAUCCAAUCGAUAUACAUUAGCGAAUAGUCAAUCAAUACCUUAUGUAGUUAAAGAGCAAAUAUCUUCUAAUAAUUUACAAUCGAAUAAAACUAAUAAUAGCAGUUAUAAUAAAAUAUCUUUAUUUAAUAAAUUUCCUCUAUUUGCUUUACCUAUAUCUGAAUUAACAUCAUAUAAUGAUAAUCGUGCAUUAUAUGAUAAUAUAUUAAAUUAUUGUCUUAAUCCAUCGAAUGAAUCAAAUUCAAUUUAUGCUAAAUUUGAUUUUCAUCGUCGAAGUUUAAAUUUUUCAAAUCCAGAAGAACAAUUUGAACAACGUUGUGCUAAUUAUGAUAAUUUAUCAUAUCUUGUUAUUGAUGGAAUAUCAUCAAAAAAAAUUUCAAAUAGAGGAAAAAAAAAUAUAGCUUCUUGUAAAGAUUAUUUUACUGCUAGUAAUAGAUUUAUUUUUAAUGAGAAUGAACAACACGUAUCAAUAGGUUUUAUAGCUCCCGUUAUAGUAACACGAACAUUAAGUCAAUCAAAUGUUCAUAAUGCAUCAUCAACAAUAGUUCAAGCAACACAUUCAACUCAAUUGAAACCUCGUAGUUCAUCAUCAUCAAUGACAUUUCCAUCAAAUCAUUCUCAAUCUUAUCAUCCACUUACAACAGAAUUAUAA